UUCGCAUGGACCGACAGGAGAUUGUAAUGCUGCCAUUAAUGGAGGCGACAACACUUCGAUUCCCCACUGAUCUUUGCGGCAAACUCUCUCUCUCUCUCUCUCUCCGAGACACACACACACACACAUAGAGACACUAUUAUAAGGCCACCUCCAUUUCACUUCAUUUACUAUUUGUGGUUACAGGAAUGGUGAUGCUUUAAGCCUCAUGAUAUAAUCCCAGAAAAACCCUCCCUCUACUUCACAUUAAUCUCCUCUCUUCAAUCUUCCCUAGCCUAGUUACCUUGCUUGCUCCUAGCUACAGCUAUUUUCCUCAACCUCUCUCUCUCUCGCUCUCUCUCAUGGAUUUUCAGCCCAAUACUUCUCUUCAUCUAAGCCUACCCAACGACCAAGUCAAUUUAGAUCUUGUCCUAGAGCCAUCAUACACGUCUUCCUCAUCAUCUUUCAGUCCUUCAGAACAACCGCGUGUGUUUUCUUGCAACUAUUGCCAGAGAAAGUUUUACAGCUCACAAGCACUUGGAGGCCACCAAAAUGCUCACAAGCUCGAGCGGACUUUAGCCAAGAAAAGCAGAGAGCAGCUAAGCUCCGCUGCCCGAGCUCAUGGCGGCUCGAACCAGAGGCCUGCAGGGUCUAAUAGCUUCAGCGAUUCAAGUCAUCCAAGGCAAAUUCAUGAGGCACAUAAUCUUGGGGGGUUGAAAGAACAUCAAGGACAUGCUGGUAGGUUUGCUGGCCAUAUGAACUGUGGAUACAGACCUGAGAAUAAUGUUGAGGAGGAGAUUGGCCACCUCGACUUGUCUUUAAGGCUUUAAGUUAAAUAAUUGCACACAUUAAAUUUUCAAAUUACUUUAUGAUGUGAUGGAGUUUCAUGUUAAAUUUUCAAAUUAGAUUCUGGAAAUUUAUCAUAUUUUUAUAUAUUUUUAUGAAGAAAAUAGAUGAGAGUGAGGACCAAAGACACAAACGAACAAAACUAAUGAGAUAGUGCAGUGUAUGUUUUC